CGUGCAGCGCCAGCCGAAGCCGCCGCGGAGCCGACGAGGCGAGGAAGCCGCCGCAGCCGCCCCAGCCCGGACCGCCGAGAGCGCCGUCACCGCCCCGCUCUCCUCUCCGCCGCGCCGGCCCCGUCCCUCUCGCCCGCCCAGCGCCAUGGCCUCCGGGGUCACUGUCUGUGACAAAGUCAUCCAGGUCUUCAAUGACAUGAAGGUGCGCAAACACGCCCCCCAGGAGGAACAGAAGAAACGCAAGAAGGCUGUUAUCUUCUGCCUGAGUGAGGACAAGAAGAAGAUCAUCCUGGAGGCAGGGAAGGAGAUCCUGGUGGGUGACCUGGGAGAUACCGUCGAUGACCCCUACCUGCACUUCGUCACGAUGUUGCCCCCGAGUGACUGCCGCUACGCCCUCUAUGACGCUACCUACGAAACCAAGGAGAGCAAAAAGGAAGAUCUAGUCUUCCUCUUCUGGGCGCCCGAGAGUGCCCCUUUGAAGAGUAAGAUGAUCUAUGCCAGUUCUAAGGAUGCCCUCAAGAAGAAAUUUCCAGGGAUCAAGCACGAGUGGCAAGCAAACGGCCUAGAAGAUAUAAAAGACCGCCAGAGCCUAGCGGAGAAAUUGGGCGGCAGCUGCGUCAUCAGCUUGGAGGGCAAGCCCGUGUGAGGACCCCCCUUCCCAGGUCCCCUGUCGUGCCAGUGUCUCUGGAGCUUCCAUGUUAAUGGCCCCGUGCUACUGUUGGGGGAUUGGGGGGGGGUUCUCCUUUUCAGUUCCAUUCCAGUUUUCUGCCUUCUCAUCUCCCCGGCCUGGUGCUCUCCUCCUGUAUCAGCAGCUGGCUCGCGGCCCGCAGCGGCUGUUAAAACUUGCCAAACGUGCUACAGCUUUUUUCACUCUCCAUUCCGGCUCCCUCUCCCCCCCCCCAAGCCCUUGAGGUGACAUUCCCGGGGGGGCCUCCGUUCUUGGCUUCUUCCUUUGCCCACUGGGUCCAUCUCCUUCCUCCAUUCCACUCCUGGUUGAGGAUGGGGCGGGCAGUGGGCGAGCAUCAAAAGCUUGGGAUGGGGCCUUUACUCCAGAAUUAGUCCAUUUCCAGUGUGUUUAAAAAAAAAUUUUUUUUUUAAUUCUCCGUACGUGUGUUUUGGGAUAUUGUGGAAUUCCCAACCCUCCCCCUCCCCUGUGAUUACUUCCCCCCCUUCUUACUGCCAUAGUAGCUCUGUGCUUGUCUGUAGUACUGUGUACAAAAUGAAAUAUUGUGGAAAAAGUUGCACCCAUCUCUGUUGGGGUGGAAUUAACAAACUAUGGAAGCAACUCCAAGAACCUUCUGUAAUAAAAAAAAAAAAA